CUGUCAAAUUCGGGGGGCGCGUGAAUCUUCAAUAGGGAGGGAAUGGGUCGUGCAUUAAAUAAGUAAACAAAAUUCCAAUGAAAAUUACCACGAUGAUAUCCACUCAAGACUUGUUAAAUCCGGCGGACGCGGAUAUCGAUAAAUCGCCCGUCUGCAAACGAGCCCGCUAUGACGUGGACCCCGUGGAGUCGAACCGGUGGACCCUCAGUAAAAACGAGCUGGUUCUGCAUUCCGUGUACGAUUCUGGAGUGGGUUGUCUGCCCAGCGACUCAGAAUUUGAUCUCGAACACGAACUCAAAAAGCAAAGAACCAAAGUCAUGCCAAGUGUGGAAACUCCGACGACUAAAAUGGAGCAAAUCGCGGUGUUGGAGGCGUCGCUGCCUGAAAACACGCUCCAGAAACUGUCGCUGGGUCAACUGGGUAGCGUUUUCUCGAAAGAAACAACUUUCAAUGCGGCUAAUUCGUACAUAAAUUAUUUUGAUCGGUUGUCGGAUGAAGUGGUGUUGAAUAUUUUUCAAAAUUUGGGGAAGUCGCAGUUGGCUCAUGUGGCGCUAGUUUGUAGGAGGUUUAGUCAGUUGGUUGAGGAUGAAAGUCUGUGGACGAGGAUGGACGUGUCAAAUAAAACCCUAGAAGCCGGCUCGAUUGGCACGAUUAUGAGCCGACAAGUGAUAAUUUUAAGACUGGCUAGAACAAGGAUAUUAUCCCCCCCUAUUUUACCCAAUGUUAAGGCGUCGCAGUCGGAUUUCCGCUGCCGUUUGAUGUACUUAGACCUAACUAUGGCUACAAUCGCCCCGUCAAGCUUAACAAUAAUUUUCAACAAAUGUAGAAGACUGAAAAAAUUGAGCCUGGAAACCGUCCCCGUAAGCGACAAUGUCCUCGUCGCUUUGUCCGCUAAUAAGGACCUUGAAGUGCUCAAUUUAGCCAUGGCAAGCGGGAUCAACGUAGGGGGCUUAAAAGCUCUAUUAACUCAUUGUAGAAAACUACGAGAAUUAAAUUUAUCGUGGACGUACUUAAAUUCAACUAGUAUUGAAUUCGCCUGCGAAAAUUUACCUCUAAGUUUGGACAGGUUUAACUUCUCCGGGUGUAGAAAACUCCUCCAAGACCACAAUGUAGUUCAAAUAGUCGCCAACUGCCCCCAUCUCCGUGAACUCGAUUUAUCCGACUGCACGUCCAUAACCGGAGAAGCUGUGAAAAAAAUAACUUUAUUAGAUGAACUCAAUUUCUUGUCUCUGUCCAGGUGUUAUCUCAUUCCGUAUCGGUCGCUACUAUGUCUCAAAAAAAUGAAGACCCUAGCGUACUUGGACGUCCACGGUAGCUACAUAAACUCCGACGAGUUUAAAAUUAUCAACGACGGCUUAGGCGCCAACGUCAACAUCAACAAGUUUAAAUUCAGCUCAGUCGCGCGACCAACGGUCGGAAUUAAGCGAUCGCGAAUUUGGAACAUGAAAGUUAGAGAUUAAAACCCGAUUUUCAAUACAGCGCAGUGUGAUGUUACUUUAGGUUUGUUCUAGUUUUGUGCCUUAUUACGAGUGCUUGUUUAUUUAUAAUAUGAGAAUGCGUAUUAAAUUUGAUCAGUUAAUGAGACAAUAAAUUUUAAACACCUUUGAA